UGCGAGUGAUGAACUUGGCGGUGACACGUAUGGUUGGGAUGCACUCGCAGUUGUGUUGGUGGGCCAUGUUUUCUAUGUAAACCCAUCAUGGUUAUUGUUACUUUAGUUCAUUCGUCAUGUAGCGAACACUGCGUCGGUGGUGUUGUAUGUGCCGUUCUGGCCAGAUACUCAAUAAAUGCGUGAACUAGCACCUUUACUUCAGACACGGCCUUUUGUUAUUCUCCAUGCGUUUGAAACAUUCCUAUUGAAUGUAUAUACGGCGGUUGGACACCCUCCAUGGUCGCAUAAUUUGUUGGUGUAUAUCAAUGGGGGUAUUCAAGAUUUUUAGAAUGUUCUCCCUCAAUCGUUUUGGGUGGUGGUGGGUCGUACAAUUUCACAUGCGAUUAGGUACCUGGAUGAUUAUCGCACGAUGCUUUUUUUUUGCAUCGAUGGCGGCCUCGCAUAUUGAGAUACCAGGGCGUGAUGGUAGUGAAGCGGAGCAAGUGUUGGAUGAUGCAAUAUACGAAGCUCGGACCGUUGAGGAUUGGGAGCUGGACAUGAAGGCGUUGGCGCAGGACACUGGUGAUAAUCAGGAGUCGCGGUCAAGGGAAUUCAAUCGUUCUUGGAAGUGGAAAUCGGCGAAUCGUAGACAUGGAUGAACCAUCCCAGGAAACGAAGGUCUGUUUCCGUAAACGUGAUUAUGAAUACACUAUGAGUGAUCAAAAACAAGAUGAUUGUCUUAACGAGCGCAUACCGUCUUUUGAGGAUUGCAUGAGUGACCGUGAAGUGGGUAAUUUAGGUGAUUGUGUGCCACUGCCAAGUGCUGAACCGGAACAUGCGAGUAUCGAUAGUAAGCCAGUGUAAUGGGUAUCUCUCGAUACGCAUCAGUUAUCUACGCUCGAGCAAUAUGCCAUGAUUUGGAGCAAGGUUGUACAAAUUUGAUCUCGUUAUCGUCAUGUGCGAAUAUUCAGGAACUACCACUUGUCACGGGUGAUUUGGUUUACCAUGCAAGUCUUGGGCCCGAGAGUUGAGUAAAUUACUUAACUGACUCCCAAGAGUUGAUUAAGGAGAUUUAGCUACAGAGAAGUUGAAAUAGAAUAGCAUCGCGGUGUUAACGUGUUCUGCAGAAGGUAUCUCAUACUGUCCAUAUGAGUCUUUACUCUGGCCUGCCCAAACGGCUGAACACUAGCACAAACACUUUAGGUAUAAACCCAAGGUGAGGUCAGAAAUAAAGACUAAAUUAGCACUUUAUUUAAAGUCUACUGCAUUACACUAACAGAAAUAUUCACAACUGGUAUCUUGUAUCUUUCCCCAUGAUAUCUAUCCCCUGAUCCAUGUUCGCUGUAUCCAUCACUAGAGCGAUUUUUAUCCGUGUCAUAAGAUCGCCCACAAGAAGAGUUUCAGGUCUAGGCAUAUACAUCAUCUCAUGUUCAGCGGGCAAGACCGUACCCUCACCUUUAACAGUCACAUACACCUUGUAUGGCAAGCCAGAGAGUCAUCUGAUUCACUCUGAAGAAAACCUCCACAAGUAGGA